CCUUUCGAGUGUACUAUGCUGUUUUCCUGGCGAGGAGACCCAGGAGCCCUGAGUUCGUUGCUCUGGCUUCUGCUCCUCGCAGUCCAGGAGCCCGCGAGCGGCCAGGUCCGUUACUCGGUCCCGGAGGAGACCAAACACGGCACCUUCGUGGGCCGCAUCGCCCAGGACCUGGGGCUGGAGCUGGCGGAGCUGGUGCCGCGCCUUUUCCGACUGGCGUCCAAAGACCACGGGGACCUUCUGGAGGUAAAUCUGCAGAAUGGCAUUUUGUUUGUGAAUUCUCGGAUCGACCGCGAGGAGCUGUGCGGGCGGAGCGCGGAGUGCAGCAUCCACCUGGAGGUGAUCGUGGACAGGCCGCUGCAGGUUUUCCAUGUGGAAGUGGAAGUUAAAGAUAUUAACGACAACCCGCCUGUGUUUCCUGAAAGUAAAAAAAGGAUUAUCAUUGCAGAAUCUAGACCUCCAGAAACUCGGUUUCCACUAGAUGGCGCAUCCGAUGCAGAUAUUGGAAUAAACUCGGCCUUGACCUACCGAAUCAAUCCCAACGAGUAUUUCGCUUUGGACACACAAAACAAUCGUGAACAAACGUCAUCGUUGUCACUUGUGUUGAAAAAAUCAUUGGACAGAGAGCAAAUUCAGGAGCAUAGUUUAUUAUUGACAGCCAAUGAUGGGGGUAAACCGGAGCUGACUGGCACAGUUCAGCUGCUGAUAACAAUUCUGGAUGUGAAUGACAAUGCCCCAGAAUUUGACCAAUUUAUUUAUAAAGUGACAGUGUUAGAGGACGCAUUUAAUGGAACAUUAGUGAUCAAGCUAAAUGCCACGGAUCUGGAUGACGGUACGAAUGGAGACAUAAUCUACUCAUUUAGAAGGCCUGUAUCGCCUGCGGUAUUAUAUGCGUUUAUGAUAAAUCCCAAUAGUGGAGAAAUUAGAACAAAAGGUAAACUAGAUUUCGAAGAAAAGAAGUUGUAUGAAAUAUCGGUGGAGGCAACAGACAAGAGUAAUAUUCCAAUGGCAGGUCACUGUACCAUUUUGGUGCAAAUACUAGAUAUAAAUGACAAUACCCCAGAAAUUAUCAUCACUUCUCUGGCACUCCCCGUGCGAGAGGAUGCUCAGGUGGGCACCGUCAUCGCCUUGAUCAGCGUGUCCGACCGUGACUCUGGCGCCAACGGGCAGGUGACCUGCUCACUAGCACCCCAAGGCCCCUUCAAGCUGGUGUCCACCUUCAAGAAUUACUAUUCGCUGGUGCUGGACAGCGCCCUGGACAGAGAGAGCGUGGCGAACUACGCUCUGGUAGUGACCGCACGCGACGGAGGCUCGCCUUCGCUGUCGGCCACGGCCAGCGUGUCCGUGGAGGUGGCCGACGUGAACGACAACGCGCCGGCAUUCGCGCAGCCCGAGUACACGGUGUUCGUGAAGGAGAACAACCCGCCCGGCUGCCACAUCUUCACGGUGUCGGCGCGCGACGCCGACGCGCAGGAGAACGCGCUGGUGUCCUACUCGCUGGUGGAGCGGCGCGUGGGCGAGCGCGCGCUGUCGAGCUACGUGUCGGUGCACGCGGAGAGCGGCAAGGUGUACGCGCUGCAGCCGCUGGACCACGAGGAGCUGGAGCUGCUGCAGUUCCAAGUGAGCGCGCGCGACGCGGGCGUGCCUCCCCUGGGCAGCAACGUGACGCUGCAGGUGUUCGUGCUGGACGAGAACGACAACGCGCCCGCGCUGCUGCCGCUGCCCGGGGCGCGCGGCGGGGGCGGCGCGCUGAGCGAGCCGGUGUCGCGGGCGGUGGGCGCGGGCCACGUGGUGGCCAAGGUGCGCGCGGUGGACGCGGACUCGGGCUACAACGCGUGGCUGUCGUACGAGCUGCAGCCGGCGGCGGGGGGCGCGCGCAGCCCGUUCCGCGUGGCGCUGUACACGGGCGAGAUCAGCACGACGCGCGCCCUGGACGAGGCGGACGCGCCGCGCCAGCGCCUGCUGGUGCUGGUGAAGGACCACGGCGAGCCGGCGCUGACGGCCACGGCCACUGUGCUGCUGUCGCUGGUGGAGAGCGGCCAGGCGCCCAGGCCGUCGUCGCGGGUGUUGGCGGGCGGCGCGGGCGCGGGCGCGGGCGCGGGCGCGGCGCUGGUGGACGUCAACGUGUACCUGAUCGUCGCCAUCUGCGCGGUGUCCAGCCUGUUGGUGCUCACGCUGCUGCUGUCCACGGCGCUGCGGUGCUCGGCGCCGCCCAGCGAGGGCGCGUGCGAGCCGGGGAAGCCCACGCUGGUGUGCUCCAGCGCGGUGGGGAGCUGGUCGUACUCGCAGCAGAGGCGGCAGAGGGUGUGCUCUGGGGAGGGCCCGCCCAAGGCCGACCUCAUGGCCUUCAGCCCCAGCCUGCCUCCCUGCGCGAGUUCUAAGGGGGAAACAGGUGAAAGAGAAGACAACUCAGAACAGUUGAAAGAGGAGACCGGCCUCAAAACGAAGUCGGAGAACAUGUAG